CCAAGCGUCUUACGGUAAGUCUGCUCGUGAGUCAGCUGCGUGUAGCUGUAGUGCCAACAUCACUUACUGUCUCGUUCCUAAACUCAUUCCGUACUUCGUCAUUUCAACCUGCUCUCAGAAGUGGACAGAACGAUCUGUGUCCACCUUCAGCGAUGUUUAUGCUGCUAGUGCUAUCGUGUCUGCUCGGUCAUGUCCUGUCUGAUAACAUCCUGGCAGUGUUACCGCACACCGGCAAGAGUCACUUUGAUGUGUUCGAGCCACUGGUCCUGGCUCUUGCUGCGAGAGGUCAUCAAGUUACCGUCCUCAGCUUUUACCCCCAGAAGACCCCUGUGGCUAACUACACGGACAUAAGUCUCGUUGGGACGCUGCCCGUGUUCGUCAACGCUCUGCAGUUCGAUUAUCUAAAGGGUUCAACUCCCAUAUCUGAUUUUAAUUUCGCCAGCGGUAUUGGGCUCAGUGUUUGUGAGUCAGUAUUAACCUCUCCACAAGUGAAAUCUCUGAUAAGCUCCGGCAAACAUUUCGAUCUCCUCAUCGUUGAAUUGUUCAUUAGUGAUUGUUUCCUCAGUCUGGUGGACUUCUUUGGUGCUCCCCACAUCGGCCUUUCUUCCUCCAUGGAUCUACCUCACCACAAUCCUAGAAUAGGAAACCCAGAUAGUUUUUCUUUCUCGAAUAAUAUUUUAUUUCCGAUAACACCACCCUUCAGCUUUCUUCAAAGGCUGCAGAACGUGGUCUACACACUCGGCAUGCGCUUGGGCACUACGCACUACUAUUCUGUACUAGAGCAGAAGCCCAUCCGCCAGGUAUUUGGCCAUGAGGUGGAUCUCGAGAGGGUUGCUCACAACGUAAGCCUUCUGUUGAUGAACACUCAUUACACCCUGCAGGGCGCACGCCCCUUGGUCUCUGGAUACAUAGAAGUUGGUGGGCUACACAUUCUCCCUCUCAAACCCAUCGCUAAGGAUCUGGACAAGUACCUGAAUGAGUCCACAGAGGGCGCUAUCCUAUUCUCGAUGGGUUCGGUGCUCCAGUCCUCCUCCUUUCCUCCCGCCAAGAGACAGGCUAUCAUGGACGCCUUCGCAGAGUUGCCAGUCCGUGUCGUCAUGAAGUGGGAGGACGAUACCCUGCCGGGGAAACCUGACAAUGUACGGCUCAGCAAAUGGUUGCCCCAACGAGACAUCCUGGCUCAUCCGAAAAUCGUUGCAUUCAUGGGACACGGCGGCCUGCUGUCCACCAGUGAGGCGGUGUACUGCGGGAUCCCCAUGGUGUUGAUCCCCAUGUUCGGCGACCAGCCCAACAACGUAGCCCAACUCGCUGCCUCUGGGGCAGCCGUGAAGCUGGCAUAUAACGAGAUUACGAAGGAAACAGUGUUGAAGGCUCUGCGUGCAGUUUUGUAUGACUCAAGGUACAGAGAAAGUGCAAAACUUCUGUCAGAGCGAUUCAGGGACAGGCCAAUGUCUCCACUGGACACGGCGGUAUAUUGGACAGAGUAUGUCUUGAGACACAAGGGUGGCCGCCAUCUCCGCUCUGCAGCUGUGGACAUGCCGUGGUACCAGCUUUGGCUGCUAGAUGUCGCGCUAGUGCUGUUGGCUGGCCUAGCCUGUGUACUGUUUUUGUUGUUCUGGCUCGCUCGGCAAGUCGUAAAUUUCAUCAGCCGUCGGCUCUACCCACACCAGCCUCGGCAGAAGCCGAAGAGAGAGUAGCGAUAGUAAUAGACAUGAUGUAAUAUGUAUUCACUAUAAAUAUUGUUUAUUUUUUAUAAA